AUGUUCCAGGUGCGCAUCCACUGCAUCGACUACUGUCUAGCGGCCCCUUCCAAGGCCGAUUUUGCAGCAUCGCGCGCGCCCAUCGCGAGAAACAACAGCAGCACUGCCAAAGACGGCAAGAAUGGCGGCAACGACGCCGACCAGGCGACGGACAAGGAGGUGCGCGUGCCUGUCAUCCGCGUCUUCGGUGCCACGGCCAGCGGGCAGAUCGCCUGUGCCCACAUCCACGGUGUCUUUCCCUAUGUCUUUGUUCCGUACGACAGCUUCCGCUUCGAGGAGUCCGACCGCAUCAUCGCGACCCUCCGCAAUGGCAUUGACCGUGCGGCUGGCCGGGCCACUGUCCUCGCCAUCACGUUUGUGCGUGGUAUCCCCUUUUACGGGUUCCACGUCGGGUUUCGGCCGUAUCUCAAGAUCUACCUCUACGACCCGUCCCAGAUGACUCGCGUCGCCGAGAUGCUGCGCAAGGGCCGCAUUGGAGGCAUUCCCCAGCUCAUGCCCCAAGAAUCGCACAUCCCGUUCCUUCUCCAGUUCAUGACCGACUACAACCUGUACGGCUGCGACCUGCUCGAAGCCACAGCGUCCGAAGUCUCGUACCGGGCGCCGGCCGCGUCUGUUCGAAGCUGCCCGCUGGAAGUGGACGUUGCUGCGUUCAGCAUCCGCAACCGCCACGCUGUUCCUGAGCGCUGGCAGCACGAGACUCUCCCCGAGACACCGAACAAACCCAACGAGCGGCUGGUGUACAGCAUGGCCGCGCUCUGGCGGGAGAUGGCCGCGCGUUACAACAAGAAGGGCAAGAAGAGCGCCGAGGAGCGCAAGGUCUGGGAAUCGAUCAGCACCCAGGAAGCAUUUGCACAGCUCGGCGCCUCGUCGUCUGACCCGCGGCGAACGCCUUCGCCAUGGAUCCACGAAGAGGAAUACCGCGAGCAGAUUGCCGACAUCAUUGCGGCCGAGCGACUCCGGAACACAGGCCCUCCGCGCGUACGAGAACCUCUCGAAAAAGAUCUGCCAACAAUUCGGCAGUCCGUUGAAGACUUUUACCCAAAAUCGGCGCGGUCAGACAAUAAGAAGCGGAAACGAGGUCGCAAGCAGAGCCAAGAGACGGCUGCAAACGGCAUGGAUGCCCCAGGUACUUACGCAAAGAAAGCGAGACUGAGCAGCUCACAGCAGCUUGAUGCAAGCCGUCCGUGCCCUUCGCCUGACUUUGAGCAGCAACUCGGCUCGAUUUUCGCUAAGCACGAGAAGGCGCCCGACACGGCGACGCGCAGCAACGAAUUGCUGCGCAGCCAACACGCGCAGUUGGAGCCACGUCGAUCGCAGGAGCUUCUAUCGUGGAGAAAGAAUGCCGGCGAUGCUAAAGGCAACCACCGCCCGCUCUCGCAAACAUUUCCAGUGGUCAAAUCAGCUUUUGCGCGAGACGAUUCGGAAACGAAGCUGUCCCAGUCGCAGAUCGUAUCUGAAGACGAAAUCGAGGGCGACAAUGAGAGUGAGGAUGGGUAUGAGGAGGAGGACGUUGGCGAGGACGACGACGACGACGACGACGACGAGGUGGACAUUGUAAUCCCUUCGACCCCCGAUGACGAACUCGAGAAACUGGGCACGCCACGCCGUGAAAGCAAAACCAAGAAACACGAGGUCGAUGUCGUCCCGGGAUCACCAGACAACGACACGGAUGUGUGUGACAAUGCCACUAUGGCCAAAUCCAUUGAGCACCUCGGACCAUUCUACCGCGCGACGGAAAACGUGCUGCUCUUUUCACAGCGACCGCCAUCUGUCGAGGACGUGAUGGCAUCUCUUGGCAAAUUCGGUGACGCGGAACUGCACCAAGAUGCCCACUUUAGCAACGCAUCCGACUUUCACAAGAACAAGAACAGCCAUGCCGGGCCAGAACAUCUCGUCCCUGUCCUCCCGGCGUUCUCGCCCUGUCCAGACUCAAAGAUCGACGUCUCUUAUCAAACCCACAAAGGGCAACCACAGCGUUCUGGCACCAUCAAGUCAUGGGAAUUCGCGCUCCUCCCGCCCUCGCAAGCAGAUGUCAAUGCUUGGCUGGAAACCGAGCAGCAGGAACAGGAAGCCGCCAGGCGAAAGGAGUCUCUAGAAAUUGAAUCGAUGCAGCAGCAGAUGACGCAGAGCCAGCUCUCUCAGGAACAACGCGCCGCUCUCCGCACACCAAAGGCGGGCCUGCAACUGGACAUGCGUACGUUGUGCCUGGAAGUGCAUGCAGAUUCGCGUGGCACCUUUUUGCCAAACCCCGAGAGAGACGUCGUUCAAUGCGUAUUCUGGCGAUGCGUAGGCGGCGGCGAAAUCACCAUGGACGGCGUGAUUGACGGCCUUCACCUUGGCAACAAGAACGGCGGCGUCAUCUCUGUCGGCCGAUCACUGCGCGACGACUUUUGCGUGGACGUGGCCGAUAGCGAGAUGCACCUGAUCCGUCUUGUUAUCCGACUGGUGCACCUCCUCGACCCCGACCUUCUUGCUGGAUACGAGGCCAUCGGCUCCUCCUGGGGCUACCUCAAGGAACGCGCUGCCCUGCUCGAUGUCGACCUCUGGAAAGAACUAUCCCGUGUUCCCCAGCAGCGCGUUGUGCCGUUCCACGAGCAGGACCAAGGCGUUACCGGACGCUACAUGCUCUCGAUCAACCAGGCCAUGCGCGCCACGGUCGACCUUCGUCAGUACACGCUCGAAACUGCGGCAUGGCAUGUUCUCGGACGCCGCGUGCCGUUUUAUCGCGCUGAAGUACUGACCGCCUGGGCCGCGAGUGGCCGGCCAGGCGACCUUAGCCGGCUUAUGCGUCACUACCGGCGCCGCACUGCCAUCGGACUUGCCCUCAUCGAGGCGACCGAGCUCGUGUCUCGCACUAGCGAACAGGCUCGGGUGCUUGGCGUCGACUUUGCCUCCGUGCUGGACCGCGGGUCCCAGUUCAAGGUGGAAUCGGUGAUGCUGCGUGUGGCCAAACCGGAAAACUUUGUGAUGCCAUCGCCCAACCACGAACAGGUCGGGCAGCAGAACGCGGCCGAGUGCACGCCGCUGGUGCUGGAACCGAGAAGCGCCUUUUACAGCAGCCCCGUCGUCGUGCUGGACUUUACCAGCUUGUAUCCGAGUCUGAUGAUUGCGUACAACCUCUGCUACUCGACCUACGCUGGCCGGCUGGACCCUCUGUACCAUGAGAAGAAGUUGUCGGCUGCAACAGCAGGCCGACCGCCCGCGCCACGUCCGAAUGGAUACGAAAACGUCGAGAACCACAUCGACCGCGGCGAUACAGCCCAAAGCAAGGCCACUGGGAGUGUCGACAGUGACACGGCCGACCUGAUCGCCAAGCACCAGGAAAAGUCCGCCACCCGGAUGGGCUUCACGACAUAUGAACGGCCUCUAGGACUCCUCGAACGCUUGUCUCAGCUCGGCAUCGUGGUCUCGCCGACGGGUACGAUGUACGUUGACGCCCGGACGCGGCAGUCGUUGCUGGCCAAGAUGCUGGCAGAAAUUCUCGACACGCGGGCCAUGGUCAAGGCGGCCAUGAAGAAAACAGCAGCACACAAAAUCGCCGAACGCCAGCGGCUAAACAACCGGCAGCUGGCGCUCAAGCUGCUGGCCAACGUCACAUAUGGCUAUACGUCGGCGUCGUUCUCUGGUCGCAUGCCGUGUGUUGAGGUGGCCGACAGCAUUGUCCAGACCGGGCGGCAGACACUGGACAAGGCCAUUGCGCUGAUUCACUCGGUGCAGCGCUGGGAUGCGGAGGUCGUGUACGGCGACACCGACAGCCUGUUUGUUCACCUACCCGGCCGGACACGGGAGGAGGCCUUUGCGUUGGGUGCCGAGAUGGCCGAGGCCGUGACAGCGUCCAACCCGCACCCGGUCCGACUGAAAUUCGAGAAAGUGUACCACCCGUGCGUGCUGCUCACCAAGAAGCGGUACGUGGGGUACGAGUUCGAUACGCCGCAGCAGACCGAGCCCAUCUUUGACGCCAAGGGCAUCGAGACGGUCCGGCGCGACGGCUCGCCGGCCUCGGCCAAGAUUUUGGAAGAGUGCCUGCGCAUCCUGUUUGACACGGCCGACCUCAGCCGCGUCAAGGCGUAUGUCCAGGCCCGCUUCGGCGACGUCAUGAACGACCGGCUCUCGGUUCCCGACCUGUGCUUUGCCAAAGAAGUGCGCCAGCCAACGUCGUAUCGCGCGCCACCACCGGGCGCCGUCGUGGCCGCACGCCGCGCGGCCCACGACCCGCGGGCCACCCUGGUGCACGGCGAGCGCGUCCCCUACGUGGUGGUGGCCGGGCCGCCGGACAUGGCGCUGCGCGACCGGUGCGUGCCGCCCGAGGACGUGGCCAAGAACCGCAACCUGCGCGUCGAUUCGGACUACUACAUCCAAAAGAGCCUCGUGCCGCCGCUGGACCGCAUCUUGCGGCUGGUGGGCGUCGACGUGCUGCGCUGGUACUUGGAGAUGCCCAAGGCCCGCAUGCCGCUGCGGACGGCCGACCCGGCACCGACGCAGCAGGUGAUGGCCGACGGCGGCGGCGGGAGCGGUGUGGGCGCGGCUUACGUGGGCCAGCAGACGCUCGACACGUGGCUGCGGGGCGCGCGGUGUGCACGCUGCGACCAGCCCGUGCGGCGCAAGCGGCGGCGGUGGCCCGCCGGGAUGGGCGGUGGUGGUGGUGCUGGUAGAGGUGGCGCGGUUCCAAAGACGGCCAACGACAAGACGCCCGUCCUCUGCAAGACCUGCGGCCGCGACAACCUGGGCACCUUGCUCGACUUGCAGACCCGCGCGCGGGACGCCGAGCGCGCGUACCAGGCCGUGGCCGACGGGUGCCGCAGCUGUGCCGGCCUGGCGCCGCGCGACGAGGUGCGGUGCGAGAACCUGGCGUGCCCCGUGUACUUUGUGCGCGCCGAGCGGGCGGUGCAGGCCAAGGUCGAGCGGACAAAGGCGCCGUUGGUGGCGAUCCUGGCGCGACGCGGCAUGCGGGAUCUCGAGUGGUGA